AUGUUCUAUUUGUUUGAUGAACAUAAUGAAUUAUUCAGACCUGACUAUUACAAUAAGAUUCCUGCUUCUUUUGCUUAUUUUCAAGAUUUUAUCAGAUGGACAGGAGUUACAUCAGGGAAUUAUACAGUUACUAUCUAUUGUGGAAGUGCUCAUAGCUCCUUCGAAGACCAUUUACCAGGAGGAGAAAGAGGAAGGGUAGUUAGAAUCACUCCUCCAACAACGACAGAGUUUGAACAACUUGUUUCAGCUGUGGGUUUGAACCCAAAGGAUAAAAGAAUAGCCCAUGUAACAGGAAGAAUUCCAAGAGAGUUGAAAUACUUGACUGACCAUUUGAAAGGUAAAAAGGGUACUGAUGAAGAUAUCAAUCAUUUUAUCACAGUAAGACAGGGAGAAUAUGCUUCUAGAUUGCGCUCAUUAGUUAACAAAAUGGACAAAGAGGAGAAUGAUGAGUUUUUAAAAACACUUGAAGAUCUUUUUACUCUGGGUCUUUUCGAUGGAAGGCCUUGCACUGUUUCAGGAAAUGUAUACGAUAUGGGUUUACUAUUCAAGGAUUCUGAUCAAAACCUUUAUAUUAUUGAGUGA